AGCGGAAGUCGCCGAGGGGUGGGGAGUGUCGGGAAAGUGUCAAGUUACCUUCCCGCUUCUCGGGUCGCUGCCGCCACUGUCUGGAACAGGUAAAGUCGCCGCUCCAAGCAGCCUGCACCGCAGGGGCGUGGUGCCUCGGACUUCCUCCACGACCCCCCCCCGAAUCUGUGCCCCAGCGGGGGGUCGGUUCCCCGUUCUUGAGGCCGGCUCCCCCCCUGCCCGGCGUCCCCGCAGACAAACCCCGCCAUGGGCAACACGAGCAGCGAGCGCGCCGCGCUGGAGCGCCAGGGCGGACACAAGGCGCACCGCCGGGACAGCUCCGGGGGCGCCAAGGACGGGGACCGGCCCAAGAUCCUGAUGGACAGCCCCGAGGACGCCGACCUCUUCCACUCCGAGGAAAUCAAGGCUCCAGAAAAGGAGGAGUUCCUGGCCUGGCAGCACGAUCUUGAAGUGAAUGAUAAAGCUCCCGCCCAGGCUCGGCCAACUGUGUUUCGAUGGACGGGUGGUGGAAAGGAAGUUUACUUAUCUGGGUCCUUCAACAACUGGAGUAAACUUCCCCUCACAAGAAGCCACAACAACUUUGUAGCCAUCCUGGAUCUGCCAGAAGGAGAGCACCAAUACAAGUUCCUCGUGGACGGCCAGUGGACACAUGAUCCUUCCGAGCCAAUAGUAACCAGCCAGCUUGGCACAGUUAACAACAUCAUUCAAGUGAAGAAAACUGACUUUGAAGUAUUUGAUGCUUUAAUGGUGGAUUCCCAAAAGUGCUCCGAUGUGUCUGCAGAGCUGUCCAGUUCUCCUCCGGGACCCUACCACCAGGAACCCUAUGUCUCCAAGCCAGAAGAGCGGUUUAAAGCUCCACCCAUCCUCCCUCCACACCUGCUGCAGGUCAUCCUGAACAAGGACACGGGGAUUUCUUGCGACCCGGCGCUGCUCCCGGAGCCCAAUCAUGUCAUGCUGAACCACCUCUACGCGCUCUCCAUCAAGGAUGGAGUGAUGGUUCUCAGCGCAACCCACCGGUAUAAGAAGAAGUAUGUCACCACCCUGCUGUACAAGCCCAUAUGAAGGCUGGGAGCCACGUGGGCCUGGGCACAGCUGCCCCCAGCACCCUGCGUGCUUGCUUUCCACUAGAGGAAUGGACUGAGUCUCUCAUUUCACACUUCCUAAGACAUUUCACCCCUGCCCCAGUCCAGGCACCGGGCCUCCGGGGCAGCCUGGUCUGCACCCAUCCAAGAAAGGCGGAAGGGAAGGCAGAGGCGUUGCGAGCCUGGAGGCAUGCCACCACCGGGGCACACGCAUUUCUGAGCACAUCCCCUCAGCUGCAGAGACAUUCUCCUGAAACCAUAGCCACGUGCCAGCCAACCUGCUAGCAAGACUCUGGGAAGCAGGGACAGAGGCCACCCCAAAGGUCUCACCAUCUGCACAUCUCUAAGGCCAAUGACCCCAUCUCUCCCAUGGCCUCACCCAUGGCCUGUCACUGCUGAGGCCUGGCUGUGGAGCUGAGCGCCAUGUUCAGCCUGGCCUGCCCUUCCAAAUCAAAGCAAUAGAUUUCCUCCCCUUUCCUUCAGUGAGGGCUAAUUUCUAUCGAAAUUCAAAGCUGUCUGACUUCUAGAACGAAGUCUUGCAAUCGUUUCCUACACUGUGUGCACUCAGUACUUUUCUCUCCAGCCUUUCAGCAAUAAGUCACCGCAGCUAGAACACACGUCCUGACUGUGCUCAGCAACACAUCGCCUGUCGUCAGAACAGGCUGCAAAACCCACUGCCAAUUUCUCCAUGGAGCUGGAUGACCCUGCGGAGCGCCACUGUGAGCUCCUUCUUCCAGACAUAACGAGGUGACGCCUGGGCUGCAGCACCCCACCCUCCUUCAGUUCCAGCCUGCGCUGCUCUGCCGGGGACCUGUACCCUAGAAAUCAAAGAGGACUCCCCCUAAUUACUGCUGCCCGUUUGGAAAGGAACCCAGAACCUGGGAGCAGCCUGCCUGAUGGCAGCUGGUCAGAUGCCUGUGCCUGAGCAGAGGGGUGCUGCAGGCAUGUCCACGGCACAGGUUCCUGUCACCCCCACCGCAGAAGUUGUCAGACUUUUCAUUCUGCUGGGAGAGGCAGAAACAAGUUCGCUGGUGUUCAGUAUUUAUUUGGUAAACCUGAGUUUGGGUACUCUUCUUGUCUUCUUGUUUUUGUUACUGAUUUCAAAAUACUGAAUUGCUGUCACCUUGAUGUACACGUUUCAAUAAAGCUUUAUAAAAAUAACUGGACCCACA